CGUACUCAACGGCGGCCUCUAGUGACAGAUUUCGGCCUAACAAACACCAGAACGUAUUCCGCUCUCCACCGGAAGUGACGCAUUCACUGAUUGUCAACAUGCAAGAUGGCGACUCAUCACAGACAGAACGCUGCUGGACGGAGGAAAGUCCAGGUUUCCUACGUUAUUAGAGAUGAGGUGGAGAAGUACAAUCGUAACGGUGUGAACGCUCUUCAGCUGGAUCCUGCUCUCAACAGACUCUUUACGGCCGGACGAGACUCCAUCGUUAGGAUAUGGAGUGUCAACCAACACAAACAGGAUCCGUACAUCGCUUCGAUGGAGCAUCACACUGACUGGGUGAAUGACAUCAUCCUCUGCUGUAAUGGAAAAACAUUGAUAUCAGCCUCCUCGGACACCACUGUGAAAGUCUGGAAUGCACACAAGGGAUUCUGUAUGUCCACGUUACGGACACAUAAGGACUAUGUCAAAGCUUUAGCAUAUGCGAAAGACAAGGAGCUGGUGGCAUCAGCCGGGCUGGACAGGCAGAUCUUCCUGUGGGAUGUGAACACGCUGACCGCUCUGACCGCCUCUAAUAAUACAGUCACCACUUCUUCAUUGAGUGGAAACAAGGACUCCAUCUACAGUCUGGCCAUGAAUCAGGCAGGAACCGUGAUCAUCUCAGGAUCUACAGAAAAGGUCUUGAGGGUCUGGGAUCCACGAACAUGUGCCAAGCUAAUGAAGCUGAAAGGCCACAGUGACAACGUCAAAUCAUUAUUACUAAACAGAGACGGCACUCAGUGUCUCUCUGGUAGCUCAGACGGUACAAUACGCUUGUGGUCUCUCGGCCAGCAGCGAUGUAUCGCCACAUACCGGGUCCACGAUGAGGGUGUGUGGGCCUUGCAGGUGAACGAGGCCUUCACGCACAUUUACUCCGGUGGACGUGACCGAAAAAUCUACUGUACUGACCUGCGAAACCCUGACAUACGUGUGCUCAUAUGUGAAGAGAAAGCUCCUGUCCUAAAGAUGGAAUUGGACAAAUCAGCCGACCCUCCUCAAGCCAUUUGGGUGUCCACAACUAAAUCAUUUGUGAACAAAUGGUCUCUAAAGGGCAUGCAUAACUUCAGAACAUCUGGAGACUAUGACAACGACUGUAGUGCCCCACUGACUCCUCUGUGUACACAGCCAGAGCAGGUCAUCAAAGGUGGCACCAGCAUCGUUCAGUGUCAUAUUCUCAAUGACAAGAGGCACAUACUCACUAAAGACAGCAAUAACAGUGUGGCAUUCUGGGAUGUCCUAAAGGCAUGCAAGGGGGAAGACCUGGGUAAAGUGGACUUUGAUGAGGAAAUUAAAAAAAGGUUCAAGAUGGUUUAUGUGCCGAACUGGUUUUCUGUAGAUCUCAAAACAGGGAUGCUGACUAUCACGCUGGAUGAAAGCGAUUCCUUUGCGGCGUGGGUGGCAGCUAAAGAUGCUGGUUUUACAAGCCCAGAUGGCUCUGACCCUAAGUUGAAUCUGGGUGGGCUGCUCCUGCAGGCCCUGUUGGAAUUCUGGCCCAGAACUCACAUAAAUCCAAUGGAAGAGGAGGAAAAUGAACUCAAUCAUGUAAACGGUGAACAGGAGAGCCGAAUUCAAAAGGGCAACGGCUACUUCCAGGUUCCCCCACACACUCCUGUCAUCUUUGGUGAAGCAGGCGGAAGGACGUUGUUUAGGUUAUUAUGCCGUGAUUCUGGGGGAGAGACAGAGUCUAUGUUACUGAAUGAAACUGUACCUCAGUGGGUUAUUGAUAUCACUGUAGAUAAAAACAUGCCAAAAUUCAACAAGAUCCCAUUCUACCUCCAACCUCAUUCAUCAUCUGGAGCCAAAACACUCAAAAAAGACCGUCUGUCUGCGAGUGACAUGCUUCAGGUGCGGAAAGUGAUGGAACACGUCUAUGAGAAGAUCAUCAACCUUGACACGGAGUCACAGACCACCAGCUCUUCAGCCAAUGACAAGCCAGGAGAGCAGGAGAAAGAAGACGACGUGGCAGUGAUGGCCGAAGAGAAGAUUGAGCUCAUGUGUUUAGAUCAGGUUUUGGAUCCAAACAUGGACCUCCGGACUGUUAAGCAUUUUAUCUGGAAGAGCGGUGGAGACCUGACCCUUCAUUAUAAACAGAAAUCCACGUGAGCCCCUCCGACCAUCUUCAGCCCGCAUCACUUUGACUUCCAGAAGAAGCAUCCCAGAAUGCCCUGCUCUUCUCAGGUCUGAUUAGUCACCCAGGAGGAAUGUUUUUUUCUUCUCAUUCUCUUUGCACCGGCUGAAGUGACAGAGCCAGCAGAAAGACCUGACCGACAGCUGAAGGUUAAAGACUAAAGAUCGACUGCAGAUUGAUGCUGUUGCGAUGUGCUGUAAACAAGGACUUUGUAUUUUUUCUGCUAUUAUUUCAUUACUUUUUUGUAUAUUUAUUACUGUUGUGUUUGUCCAGCAUGAUGAUGAUGAUGAUGAUGAUGAUGCACACAAGUACUUCCAUUCUCAAACAUUCCAGACACUUUUCAACUAGACCAGAACCUGAACUGAAAUCAGCUGCUCUUUAAAGCUCAACUGCUCCCAUUUUGUUUUGUUUUCUUCCGCAAAUAAACAAAGUACAGCUUUUAUUUUCUAGGGUUAAUAUGUUGUUGUAAUUUAUUUGAAGCUUUUUUUGUAUCAACCAAACUUUGCAAUCAGAAAAGCGAAACUGUCCAAUGAGGAUCUAGAAACUGUUUCAGCAAAUUUCACAAUCAGAAAUCGAAACUGUCCAAUGAGGAUCUAGAAACUGCGUUUCAGCAAUGCAGCCUGUAAAAAAAUAAAAAAAGUUCUUGUUUUUAAUGUAUAGAUGCAAUUUAUUGUCAGACACUUUCCAAAUGGAAAUGUCUCAUCUGAAUGUUUGUUCUUUUGUGUGUGUGUGUGUGUGUGUGUGUGUGUGUGUGUGUGUGUGUGAAUCUGAGCACAUGACAGUGUUGGCAUCAUCUUACCACAGCUUCUGAAAAAUAUGGCCCUGCCCUUGUUAACUAAUGUGGCAUUAGGACUGACUUGUCUUUUGAAUAAAGGUUGAAACUUUUUUCA